CUGUGCGGGGCCGGAGGCGGGGCCCGCGCAAGAACUCACCUGAGCCGGCGGGAGCCCGCCCCCGGCGUGGCCCCGGCUGCCCGCAGGGAGGCGCUCGGCGGACCGGUCUGCGCGUCCCUCCGGCCGUGUGGCGGUCCCCGCGCGGCCGCCAUGACCUGGAGCGCCACGGCCCGCGGCGCCCACCAGCCCGACAACACCGCCUUCACGCAGCAGCGCCUCCCCGCCUGGCAGCCGCUGCUCUCGGCCGGCAUCGCGCUGCCGCUCUUCUUCUGCGCCGGCCUGGCCUUCAUCGGCCUGGGCCUGGGCCUCUACUACUCGUCCAACGGCAUCAAGGAGCUCGAGUACGACUACACGGGCAACCCGGGCACCGGCAACUGCUCGGCGUGCGCCCAGGCCGGCCAGGGCCGCGCGCCGCCGCCCAGCUGCUCGUGCGCCUGGUGCUUCGCGCUGCCCGAGCUCUUCCAGGGCCCGGUGUACCUCUACUACGAGCUCUCCAACUUCUACCAGAACAACCGGCGCUACGGCGUGUCCCGCGACGACGCGCAGCUGAGCGGGCUGCCGAGCGCGCUGCACCACCCGGUCAACGAGUGCGCCCCCUACCAGCUCAGCGCCGCCGGGCUGCCCAUCGCGCCCUGCGGCGCCAUCGCCAACAGCCUCUUCAACGACUCCUUCUCGCUGUGGCACCAGCGCCAGCCCGGCGGGCCCUACGUCGAGGUGCCGCUCGACCGCACCGGCAUCGCCUGGUGGACCGACUACCACGUCAAGUUCCGGAACCCGCCACUCGUGAACGGCAGCCUGGCGCUGGCCUUCCAGGGCACCGCGCCUCCGCCCAACUGGCCCCGGCCGGUCUACGACCUCAGCUCCGACCCCAACAACACCGGCUUCAUCAACCAGGACUUCGUGGUGUGGAUGCGCACGGCGGCGCUGCCCACCUUCCGCAAGCUGUACGCGCGCAUCCGCCAAGGCAACUACUCGGCCGGGCUGCCGCGGGGCGCCUACUGCGUCAACAUCAUCUACAACUACCCGGUGCGCGCCUUCGGCGGCCACAAGCGCCUCAUCUUCAGCAGCAUCUCGUGGAUGGGCGGCAAGAACCCCUUCCUGGGCAUCGCCUACCUGGUCGUCGGCUCCCUCUGCAUCCUCACGGGCUUUGUCAUGCUGGUCGUCUACAUUCGCUACCAGGACCAGAACGACGAGGACGAGGACGAGCAGUGAUUCCUGCCUUCCAAAAACCCUUCCUGCUUCUUGGCAAAACUCUCUUGCAAGCUUCUUUUGGCUUCUCCCCUUCGCCCCUCACGCAAUUCCAGUCUCGCCUCACUUUUCCUCCUGCUGUGGAUGAGUGGACCAGAGAGAGGAAUUACACCCAAUUGGAGGCUACCAGAAUCUUGCUGGGGUGUUUGGACUGCAGAGUGAGACAUCCUUGCAAAUUCUCCCCAUCUCCUUUAGGAUUUACCGAGUGACGUGUUGUUAGGGCCUUAAAGUCCCGUAACGUUUGAGAGCCGAAGGGAUGGUAGACUCCUACUCAACGCCUAUGCGAUGAAGAGACUGAGACCUCGAAAUGUUAAAUAACUCACUCAAGGUCAGGCAGCUACUCAUUGGCUCCUGACUCUGACCCUAGAGCUUUUACCACUACAGUACAGUGGUAUUCUUUUCUUUUUUGAACGUGUGGGAGUAGGUUGGGGUCGAGAGGGAAGCCCACAGAUAACCUGCAGAGACAUGGAGGGGUGGGGGACAACAUACUUGUUAAAAUGUGGAUAAAUUAGGAGGCACCACCCCAGAGAUUCUGACCAAGAAGGCUGGGGUGAGACCCUUGAAGCUGUGUUUUAAAGAGCCCAUCUGGAGAUUCCUCCUGUAUUCCCUCAAAUUAGGGAAUCACUGCCCUGAGCCAGGGAGCAAGUAGAUUACUGGGUGUUUCCCUAUUUCCUCUUGUCUCUGAGGUUGGGCCUGAAGCAGCCACUUGAGUCCAGUUUUUCAGGUAGUCAUUUGUUCCCAGGAGCGGUGACAAUCAUGAUGUUGAAGGUUUGGUUCAGCACUCCCCUGGAACAUAAGAAGCUCUCCAUAAUUUGCAGAAUGAAUGUAAAACCCUUGCGAGCUCCAGAACACUAGUUGGCAUACAGAUUCGCAGGGCAGGGUUUGUAUCAAUUCAUUUAAUAUUUGACUGUAAGAGAUUUAAAAAACCAGUUUGCUGGGUACUCUGUAGAAACUUGAAAAUGCCAGGUCAGCUUGUACAGUUCAGAGGGAAUGUUUUAACCUAAGAAUCAGAGCUGGAAGGGAUCCUAGAAGGAAAGGGAUUUCCCUAAAGUCAGAUCUGUGUUUCUGACCCCAGAUUCAGUCCUCUUUGUCAUCGAAAUUUUAUUUUCUGCUUAGAGAGAAAGGGCUUCCUUCCUUCAUAUCUUCUCCCUUGGGGCUGAGAAGAAAACUUUUAAUCUGUUCUCAAAUGAAGCAUGUUUGUUCUACUAAUUAUUUUAAAUGAAUGCUAAGGAGUAUGGUCUUAUAUGUAAACUAGAAUCUUAAGAAUUAUUUGACCCUUUGAGAUAAUAUUAAACUCUGACUACUCUAAAAUCAUUCUAAUAUAUAUAAAGUUCUAAAAAGCAAUAGAAUUUUUUAAAAACCUUCCUUUUAUGGCAACAGAACUUAAAAAACAAAACCCUAGCAAUAUCAUCUUAACCCAUUUAUUUACUGAAAGCAAACAGUUAUUUGUUAUUCUGACUGACAGAAAUCCCAGUGCCUGCCCUCUGUUACAGCCCCUUUCCGCUCACUCCUGGCUGUGCUCAUGCCUGGAAGGCAAUGCAAGACCUUAAAGUAUUUUUUUUUAGUAGUUGAAGAAAUAUUGAAUUAUAUUAAAUAGUUUACAUUAAUUUUAUUUUACCCUGUUCUGGUUCUUUGGAAAUUAAUGAUCAGUGGACAGCAUGCAUGUUCACUGACAUCUGUCUCAGAUCUUCUGGAACAGUUGUGAUGUAGGAGAUUCUGUCCCACUAUUGACAUAAACCAAAAAAUAUUUUAGUAAUUCCGGUGUGUUGGCUUCCCAACUCCUGAAUGUGACACAGUUUUAUUAUCAGAUUGUGUCUUGUGAUUUUCGGCUGUGAAAAUACGAUCAUUCUAUGUGUAUGGAGUAAUUUUUAUUUAUUACGAAUGUUUGUUUGAGCAGCUCGCUAGCCUAGCCCUUCUUUAUGCUGGAUAAGAGAAUUUACUACAUUUUUUUACUAUGUAGUUGAGAGCAACCAUGUAUCUUGCAAUCAUUUUUACAAUAUUCAUUCCAUUGCUGUAAAAUUUUAAAUGAGACUACAAAAUUUAAGAUAGUAUGAUUAUAUCAAUGGCUAAACCCAGGCCCUUUCUCUGGGUUUUUGAAAGAAAAUAAAGGUCAUGUUUGUCUUA